AGUGAGAAAAAGAACAGACCUUUCUUUUUCUUUUUUCCGGGACCGCCGAGCCUGAAACUUGGGCAUCUCAGCCCAUGCUCUUUUCGCUGUGACUGUGCAACAGCGCAACGCAAAACCGCCACCCUCACCCCCACCCCCACCACUAGUCUCCACAACCUCUCAUGGUCAACAUAAACGUCGCCGAGCGUCGUCUGCGUUCGCAUUUGUGAGUAGCUAAGGGGACGCCGCCGCCGCCGCUCGAUCUGCCUCUGCGAAUUCAGCGCCCCCCCACCGUCACUCGCUGAUCUAGAGUGUUAUGGCAAGCAAAAAAGGCAAAGCUUCAAGGUCAAUUAGAAUCGCAGAUACAGUGUAUGAGCAAGAAGAGCACUAUGCAUCCCAGAUGUCUAAAAAGCGCAAGUUCUCAUGGCCAAGUGGCUCUAUGACUGAAAUCCCCGCUGGGAAAGAGGAAGCAUCAAAUAGUGAGUGUGAUGCACAGUUUCUGGAGGAUGAAACCACAAAGAUUUUUGCUCAGAAAGUAGCUGAUCAUUACAGCGCUAGAUCCAACCAGACUCUAGAAGAACGGGAGGCUAGUCCUAUAAUUCAUUUGAAGAAACUCAACAAUUGGAUUAAGAGUGUCUUAAUUCAGCUUUAUGCUCAUCAAGGAGAUGCAGUCCUUGACCUCGCCUGUGGCAAGGGUGGGGAUCUUAUCAAAUGGGACAAGGCCAAAAUUGGAUAUUAUGUUGGUAUCGACAUCGCUGAAGGCUCAAUCAAAGACUGUCGCACACGUUACAAUGGUGAUGCUGACCAUCAUCAGCGACGUAAAAAGUUUUCGUUUCCUGCUCGCCUGAUAUGUGGAGAUUGUUAUGAGGUUCGGUUGGACAAAGUUCUUGUAGAUGAUGCUCCUUUUGAUAUUUGCAGUUGCCAGUUUGCAUUGCAUUAUUCGUGGUCUACAGAGGCACGUGCCCGACAAGCAUUGGCUAAUGUGUCAGCUUUACUUCGCCCAGGAGGCAUUUUCAUUGGAACUAUGCCGGAUGCCAAUGUGAUAAUCAAAAAGCUUAGAGAAGCUGAAGGUCUGGCUUUUGGUAAUAGUGUAUAUUGGGUGCGUUUUGAUGAAGUAUUUUCUGACAAGAAAUUCAAAUCUUCCAGCCCCUUUGGAAUAAAAUAUACCUUCCAUUUAGAGGAUGCUGUUGAUUGUCCUGAAUGGAUUGUCCCCUUUCAUGUAUUCAAGUCAUUAGCUGAAGAGUAUGAUUUUGAGCUCAUUUUUGCAAAGAACUCUCAUGAAUUUGUGCAUGAGUAUCUGAAAAAACCUGAAUUUGUGGAGCUCAUGCAAAGACUUGGUGCAUUGGGUGAUGGCAACCAAGACAAGAGUACACUAUCAGCCGAUGAAUGGGAAGCUGCUUAUUUAUACAUGUCGUUUGUGUUGAGAAAGCGAGACCAACCAGAAAGAACCCAAGUUAGUGGCCAAAGAGAGCGGGGACUGAUGCAUAUCUCAGAGCAAGACAUAAUGUACAUUAGCAGUCAUUAGCAGUAUCAGAACACCGGCUGGAUUAUUGAAUGCAAUCAAACAGUACAGGACUUGGAGCUGCCUGCCUGUUCCCGUGUUAACUACUGCUGGUUUGAUCUCACAAUCUUGAGCUUCGGCAGAUUUUUAUGUUAAAUGAAAUAGUCAAAUAGAUGUAUUUUGUAGGUCCACUAUAAAUAAUUCGAUCAACUUCAUUGGCCUCAGUAUCUUUAAUACAUUCUGUAAGAGAGCCUAACUUUCACAAAUUCACUGGUUUUCCUA